GAAAUCCGUGUAUACAAUUCCUCUUUUACCUAUAUUUCUCCCCAAAACGCUUAUAAAUACUUGCUCUCGGUGCCUAUUCGAUGAUCAACGAAUUCUCUUGUGCUUAGUGCAAUUCAAAACUCUCCCAAAUCUCUCUCACCACACAAAUCACUCACAAAACACAAAUCACUCACAACAUCCAAGGUUCUCGAAUCUGUCGCAACUUUCGGAGUCGCUUCUUUGCGAAUCUAGCGAUUCAAUUGGAGGAAAAUCUUUGAUACACUAAUCUUUGUUUUCUUUUGUGUUGAUAGCGAUCCAAGCUCAAUCUCUCUAGUAAAUCAUCAUCAAUGGAUGUACUUGACUCAGUUUUCGAUCCAUUGAGAGAUUUCUCCAAAGACAGCGUUCGCCUCGUUAAGCGUUGCCACAAACCCGAUCGCAAAGAAUUUUCGAAGGUUGCUUUUCGUACUGCUGUUGGUUUCGUAGUUAUGGGAUUCGUUGGAUUCUUCGUCAAACUCAUCUUUAUUCCCAUUAACAAUAUCAUUGUUGGUUCCACUUAAUCGGUAUGUCGCGUUACAAUUUUGUCUAUUAGAGAGAGCUAUGUAUGAAGAGAAGAACGAAGAUAAAAUGCUUUUAGACCUCUAUUGACAUAUAUCUUACUGUAGGCUAAACAACUUUUGUGUAGCACUUGUUUUCACAGUCAGGAUAUACUAUGUAAUUUUGGCAGCUUACUUAGUUCCACUGUCACCGUGCUAAUUGAAGACUUCAGUGUUGGAAGUCUUUUGAUCUUUGUACCUAGAAUAUCUUCCUCAAUUCAAUGUUAGUU